GUAAGCCGCGUCUGGUGGUUGGCUCGAUAAGCCCAGACGACAGGGAAAGAUAGCCGGCAUCUCCACAUAAUUUUUUUUCUAGUCGGCCGGCUCGGCGGACAUGCGACAUCGCAGGCCCUCAUCCCACCAUCGACGGCAUCCCACUUCGCGCGUCUUCCUCUGUAGUGUGCCCCCGCGACACAUGCCAUGUUGUUACACAAGACGCUCCACGAUAUAUGUAUUUAUUCACUCCGGCAUGGCCAACAUCGCCUUCGACUGGUCAACUCUUUCUUUUUCCCCCCAAUUCGUUUAGCUUUCAGGAAAGGAAAGCAGUCGUCGGCCACGAUCCUACUCACUUUCACUUACAGUUGAUGACCAAUCUUGGCAACCUCUAGUCUACUAUAAUCAUAAAUAUUAAUUAGUUAGGCGUGGUAUAUGCUCUCUUAAUUCCCCUCCCUUUCCAAGUCGCCCUCGAAAUGGCGCCCCGUAUCUCCCUGCUUACUGCCACAAACGCAGAAUCACAUAUUCAUUUGAUCGUUGGCUCCAACUCCUUGGCUGCUGCUCGGUGCGGUCAGUCGCUAGCCGCUGGUGCAUCGCCCAUACUCCUUGCGCCUGCGGCCACUGAGUUUCAUUACGCUCUUAAGCAAAGAGUAGACGAUGGCGAGGUCAAGUGGGUGCAGGAGGCCUUCCGAGAGACUCACCUCUUUACGCUAGGAAGGGGUGACAUCGGCCACGUGGUAGACGCCGUCUUCGUCACUACCGGCUCGAGAGAUAAUGAUCUCGCCGCUCACAUAUCCUCCCUCUGCAAGCGGAAUCGUAUCCCCAUUAACGUUGUCGACGCACCCCACCUCUGUUCCUUUUCGCUCCUCUCCACCUACACCGACGGUCCUCUCCAAAUCGGCGUUACCACAAAUGGCCGCGGUUGCAAGCUAGCGUCCAGAAUACGCCGCGAGAUUGCCGCAUUGCUCCCUCAGAACCUUGGGAGUGCUUGUCUCAGGCUAGGUGACGUUCGCAAUCGAAUACAGGAAGAAGAUCACCUGCUACAUCUAGCCCAAACCAACAGUGGUGAGAGCGAUGACUCAGUCGACCAGCCCGCAACAUUCAAUAGCCUAGUAAUCGAGGCCGACCUCGAUGCCGCCAAGAACAGGCGCAUGCGGUGGUUGAGCCAGGUUUGCGAAUACUGGCCACUGAAGCGGCUGGCCGCAAUCACCAAUGACGAUGUAUCUGCUAUACUACAGUCGUACGACACCGUCCGCUUGCCUGAACCGAUCGGCAAGCCUUCAUCAACAAAUCAAGUCCAAAGCAAAGGCCGAAUCAUCCUUGCCGGUUCAGGUCCUGGACACCCAGAUCUGUUGACUCGGGCCACUCACAAAGCCAUACAAAGCGCCGAUCUCAUCUUAGCAGACAAGCUCGUUCCUGCCGGUGUCAUGGACCUGAUACCUCGGAGGACGCCCGUCCAGAUUGCGCGCAAAUUUCCUGGUAAUGCCGACGCCGCUCAGAAUGAGCUCCAGGAGAUGGCUAUAGCCGGUGUCCGAGAAGGUAAGACAGUUCUACGGUUGAAGCAAGGCGAUCCAUACAUUUAUGGACGGGGAGGCGAAGAGGUAGAAUAUUUUCGCAACCAUGGUAUGGGUGAUAAGGUAGUUGUUUUGCCCGGGGUUACUUCCGCUCUUUCGGCGCCUCUGUUCGCCAAUAUUCCCUCCACGCAGCGAGAUGUUGCCGAUCAGGUUCUCAUCUGCACUGGUACCGGCAAGAAGGGGAAACCGCCCGUCCCACCCGAGUACACGCCAACCCGCACAGUCGUAUUCCUCAUGGCCUUACACCGCAUAGCAGGGCUCGUUGGAGAACUCACUGAAUACCCGAAGACAGAAGACCCGACAUGUGAAAACGAAGCUAGUUCGCCGGGCGUUCAAUCGCAUAUUAGCCCACCAUCAAGCCUCAGACCACUGUGGCCCCGGAGCACACCGUGUGCUGUUAUCGAGCGGGCAAGCUGUCCGGACCAAAGAGUGAUUCGGACUACAUUAGAUAAGGUCGUUGAGGCGAUCGAACAAGAGGGCAGCCGACCCCCUGGUCUUUUGGUCGUCGGACACGCCUGCGAAUUCUUAAACAAGCCGGAAAGUGGUUCCGCUUGGAAGGUCGAAGAAGGUUUCAACGGUUUAGAUAUCAUGGACACUGUACAACUAAGUGCCGCGUAGUUCUGGUUGCGGGCUGGUGUCAAAAAUAUUUCAUUGCGCACUAUGAGAGCACUAGACGGCGUUGAUGCAUAUAUCUAAUUCGAACUACCUGGUUUAC